GAAGCACAAGCGCUGCCCGUGUACAUACUCCGGAAAAGAAAUCCUUAGUUUGAGAAAUGGGUUUAAGAGGAGUAUAUACGAGAACAUCUCUGAAGAUCAUGGCAGCGUGAAAUGUAAUCGCACACUCUACAAGGCGAGUGGGGUGUAACCAUGGACAUCAAAUCCAACAACAACAACACUUUCCCUAGUUAUGUUGAUAUAGAUGACUAUCUCAACAAACACAACUCCAACUUUGUGUGGCUUCUUGUGGCCACUAUUAUGUCAUGUGGAUGGAUCAUCUACUUGACAUACUACAAUUCCCGCAAUAUCGGGUUCAUCCUCACUCUCAUCAUUAACAGAUUAUAUAAGAAAGGAUACAUACACAUAGGUUCAUUUUCAUUCUCCGUGCUCUCGGGCAAGGUCAUGUUCAGAGAUGUCUAUUACGUUAAUGAAGACAUGUCUAUCAGAAUUCAAGAUGGUUUGCUCAUAUUUCGAUGGUGGAAGUUGUACAACCCCAAACAGAAACAACAUGAUCCGAAGGCUGAGACACGACUCUAUGUGACGUUUAAUGGCUUUGAGUUCCAUGUGUAUAAUCGCACUGAGGUGUACGCCCGGCUACAAGAAAUAUUUGGCCUGGAUCCCACUCUCAUCCCACACAAAAGUGAUGAGGAGAAAGGUCGAGAGCAGAGAGAUACACCACUAGAGAGUGUUAACAUCAAAGCUGAAACUCAGGAGCCAUCGUCCUCAUGGAGGUCUCUCAUCCCUGUCAUCAAACUCAACAUCAGCACAGGUCGUGUAGCGUUUGGUAAUCACUAUCUUCCUCAGACCCUUUGUAUGAAUUUUGAUGAUGCCUUCCUGACAUAUGCCACCAAACCACCCAGCAGCCACCUGGAUCAGUUCAUGCACAUUGUGAAAGGCUCUCUGGAGAACGUCCGUGUCAUGUUGGUGCCCAGCCCUCGAUACCUGGGCCUUCAAAACGAUGAACCUCCUAGGCUCAUGGGUGAGGGCUUUGUGGUCAUGCAGUCAAAUGAUGUGGACAUUUACUACUACCAGGAUGAACCAGGUUUAGUACCAGAGGAACUUGAAAAUGGAGAAACGGAGGCCUGUUCUGAAGACACCAAGUUACAGGACUUGCCUCCAUGCUGGGGUCUGGACAUUGUGUGUGGAAAAGGAACAGAUUUUAACUACGGUCCAUGGGCUGACAGACAGAGAGACAGCCUAUGGAAGUUCUUCUUGCCAGCAGACUGUCAGGCAAUGAAAGUCAGCGAAGUUCCCACACCAGGCAAACCGCGACAGAUCCUUGCCUUUGAGCUGCGUAUGAACAUCAUAGCAGAUGCUACUAUAGACUUGCUAUUCACCAAGAACAGGGAGACAAAUGCAGUCCAUGUGAAUGUAGGAGCAGGUUCAUAUUUGGAGGUGAACAUACCCAUGACUGUUGGGGAAACUGGCUAUUCUCCUACUGUUAAAGGUCAGUUAUUACAUGUGGAUACCACCAGCAGCAUGCAGUACAGGACACUGCUGGAGGCAGAGAUGCUGGCUUUCCAUGUAAUAGCCAGUUAUCCUCGUGUGUGGAACAUGCAUCAGUCCUGGCAGUGUGAAAUCGAGGUGUACAAAGCCACGUAUCACUUUAUCUAUGCACAGAAGAACUUCUUUACUGAUUUAAUCCAGGACUGGGCAAGUGACAGUGAACCAGACAUCUACUCAUUUGUCCCAUAUUCGUGGAAGUUUAAGGUACUCUUUCACCAGUUUGAGAUGAUUUGGGCCGCUAAUCAACACAACUGGAUCGACUGUUCCACCAAACAGCAGGAGAACGUGUAUCUCGCUGCCUGUGGGGAAACGCUGAAUAUUGACUUCACUUUGCCAUUUCACGAGUUUGUCCCGACCACCUGUAACACACGUUUCUGUCUGAAAGCUGAGGACACAGACAUGCGCUUGUGUCUGCCUGACUGUCACCCUAGUCGGUACGCUCUGCUCACCCUCGUGAAAGAUUACCAGCACUGUAAGAGCCCACCAGACAGCAACAUGCCACCAGAAGGACAAGGAGCUCCCCCUAAAAACAGCAAACCACGGUGGAGGAACAUGACACACUUAGAAGCUGGCUGGGUGGACUGCUGGAGCGUGCCAAAUUUCAUGUUGAUUAUAGACUACACCUGGCAUCCCAUCUACCCUCAGAAAUCUGACCAGCAGCUCAAACAAUCAUUGUCGGAAAUAGAGGAAUCCAUGUUAUCGGCACUGCGACCCCCAGAGCUCGUCCCACCUACACCUCCUCCACCUCGAGUCUCCUCUGACCCCAGCCUGCUGCCCCCAGACCGAUUACAUGUGGAGAUGGAGCUGAGCUCAGACUCUCACAUCACACUGUAUGGUCCUCUGCUCAGAGCGCUUGUGUCCAUCAAGGAAAACUAUUUUGGAGAGGAUGACAUGUACACAGACUUUGAGGAGUCUCUGUCCAGCCCUGUGAUGAGCUCCUGCUCCUCCUCAUUUGGCUGGCCUGGAGGGGGAUUAGAAGAGAAGGGACCUAAAGACACACCCCACCCGCUUUCCCUACGGCCCUGGGAUAUCACCGUACUUAUCAACCUGCACAAGAUCCACGGACGCCUACCCACGCACUGCAGUAGUGAUGGCCCGGAAGGUCCCACUGGCUUUCUUGAGCGUCUGUGUUUCGAGAUGAAGAAGGGCUAUAAGGAGACCAUGUUACAGCUUGUUCUCUCUCCUCUACACGUGUUCGUCAGCGACAACUAUCAGCGGCCUACGGUCGACGCUGUGUUGAGAGAUGGGCAUCUGAGCCUCUCAGGGUUGCAGAUGAGAGCCCACGCCAUGUUCUCUGCAGAGGGAUUACCACCGGGCACAGACACGCUCGAAUAUGCCUGGCUCAUUGAUGUUCAGGCUGGAGCUCUCACUGGAAAAGUUACUGUUCCUCAGUGUGCAUCCCUUCUGGAGUGGGGCGAGACCUUUGUUUUCCAUGUGCUGUCUCGAGAGUUUCAGCUUGAACAGCCAAAAUCAUCUGUGACCUGCCAACAUGGAGUUGAUCGCAGAGUCUGUGAUGCCAAGAAUGCAAAGCUGCCUGGCCCUUGUCGGACAUCAGAGGAUCUAAAGUACACCAUGACUCGAUUGACAGUUGAUGGAGCCCAAAUUUUCAUUGUUGAACAUGGCUGCGCGGCCAACAUUAAGACUGGAGCGUUCCGGUUGGCCAACUGUAACUUGCACACAGCAGCUGUCGGUGAAGGUAUCAGUGCCGUCCUCCAGGACGUUGUGAUCGCUCAAUUCAUAGAGCAACAAGAAGUGGCCAGGCUCGGCCUUCCUCCUCCCCUCCUUCGGCGCUCACAUUGGCUUGAAGCCGGCUCUGUGACCUUUAACCUCAUCACCGCUGAUGUUGCUUUGGCUGCUGACCAUCCAGCCAAAUAUGAGGUCCAGAGACAAUUCCUGGAGCUUCAUGACAUGAAAACUAAGAGGCUUUGGUUCCUUUGGCCAGAGGAGAAAUACAAGCGAAGCCGAAACCGCUGUGGAUGUCUCGGUGGAUGUCGCUUUUUUGGUGGCUCAUUCGGAGGCCUGGACUUCUUUCGCCUGGAGGAAAUCACGCCUUCAUCAAGUUCGGCCUUUUCAAGCAUUAAUGUCGAUAGUGACAUGUCCUAUGGCCAAUCAUUAUUACAUCCAGGAGAAUGGAUUGUCAUGAAGGAAACUCCCAAACUGCCUGAUGGGAAAGGCGUGGGUAUUCGGAGAGACACCUGUUCUCCUGCUCCCGUGGUAGACAUGGAGAAACGUGGCCAACACCUCAGCCUUCACGUACCUCCGCGCUCUCACAGCUCCGCCUCUUCCUCAGAGGAAAACUCAUCGUCCAGUGCUGCCUUGCCUCUAUUGGCUGGAGAGCGAGAGUCUCCCUUUCCCUCCACAGAGUUAAUGAAUGUUGUAACCACUGACGGUCCUAUUCCCGAAGUUCCACCUUUGCGCUCUCCCCUUCGUUCUCCUCUCAAACGUCAGGCCUCUGUCCAAUCGGCACGGCUCGGCAGCACCAAGAGCCUAUCAGCUGCAGUCUUCGCAGAGAAAGCCGCCCCUCCUGCUGGUGUGCAGUUUAGCAGCGAGGUUUCCCGUAGCGAUGAAAACGUUCUGGACUCGCCGAGGCAAAGAAGAAGCUACGGAUCUUUCCCUUUCACUCCAUCGGCUGAUUCCAGCACAUUUCAUCAGUAUCGUUCAGUCGAUUCCUCCAUGUCCGUAGCGGAUAGUGAGGCCUACUUUAGCGCCAAUGAGGAGUUUGAGCCAAUCAGCAGUGACGAAGGACCUGGUACUUAUCCGGGGAGGAAACGUAGACGGAGACAACAGGGUCAACCUCACACGGAGCGCAGUCGGACCUCUAUAUACCAUAGUGUGGAGGGACCACUGUCAAUCAAUGAGCCCCGCCCACCUCAACUGCCUAGCCACACCUCCCAAGCCUCAUUUGUCUCUGCUCUUGGAUUAGAAGAGGAGGGCUCGAUUGAAACAGAAAAGGCGGAGCCUGGCCUUCUGACAACACAGCCACUUUUAAUGACUUGUUACCAGAAUUACCUAGCACACUAUCAUGUGUCGAACUGGUCGGUUAAGCAGCCAACUAAUAAGAGGACAUCAAAGUCAUCGUUGCAUCGCCCGCUUGACCUCGACACACCCACAAGUGAGGAGAGCUCCAUCUCAUUUGAUCAGCUGUCCAUCCCUUCUUUCAAGAUGGUGAAGGCGGGUUUGUCUGCUGGCUCAUUAUUGGACAGAGGAGUUCAGCUCAUGGGAGAUUCAAACGGCAGCACACCCUACACACCCCUGGACAAGCGGGCGAUGGACAACACGGAUGAGGACACGGUGACGGAGGACUGGACCCUUGAUCAACCACUUGCCCAGACGAGAACCACAGCCAUCGUAGAGGUCAAAGGAGCAGUCAAUGUGGUCCUGACUCCUCUAGUAGCUGAAGCUUUAGACAGGUACAUCGAGUCCAUGGUUCAUUUCGCCAGUAUUCGCCAUCCAGCAUCAAUCCUGGACGACCUGCAUGGGAAAGUGCUAAAUGAAGUGUAUCAGAUCAGCAAAUCCACUGUCUCGGAGUCUAGUGCAGCAAAACCGGAGCACAAAAUAUCUAAGACUGAGGGCACCACACCCGGAUCUCUGGGCUUGCCUCAUGGACAAACUGAUCUGUCAAUCAAACCUGACAAUGUGAAGAUUAAAGGCUUACAAGCUAAUGUCACUGUUCCGAAGGUAAAUUUGUGUGUGCUUCAAGCAUCAGUAGAAGAAGGUUUACCCUCAAAUAAAAGUGUCACGCACGUCUCUCUUGUGGCCUUGUGCUUUGACCGGAUCGCUACUCAGCUGCGCAUGAAUAGGGGUAUAGUGGAGGAUCCAGAGAAGCCCUCAGUUAUGAUGGAGAAGUUCUCAUCUGCAUCUAAGAUGGCUCCUCAGUCCAGCGGUUCUCUCCGCUCUAAUGCUGGUAUAGAGAAAGGCAAAGAGAUUGCAGCCAGACUCAACAUUCACCGCAUACACAGUCAACUUCGUGGCCUUGACUUGUCAGAUCUUGGUGCUUGUGCCAUCACUGCCAUUCCAUUUAAGAAGUCCAAGGUUCUCUUCAGUUUGGAGGAAACGGAUGACUUUGUUUUAGUGGAUGAGACUGAACCCUCCAUAUCCGCUGAGCAUGUGCCAGAACACAUUCCUGACCUCAACCGCUCUGCAGCCAGUCCUGAGAAAUGGGGGUGGAUUAUGUUUGAAUGUGGGAUUGAGAACCUUACAGUCAAAGGUGGGCGGCAGUCGGGGGCUGUGCUGUACAGUGCUUUUGGUGUGAUGGGCGCGGCUGACAGUGGUGUUAGGGAUGGAGUCACAAAAUCAAAUGAUUCUAGUGGUUCUCAGACAGGAAGCGGCUACAGCACUGAUGUCUCUGAUGACAACCUGCCCAAUGAUACGCAAAGCCCCGCCUCCGAACCCAACAACUCUGAAUCCGAUGAACAGGAUGAGGGGGUGGAGUCAGAUGACCUAAAAAAGGACCUGCCUCUCUUGCCUCCGCCUCCUGACUCCAGCAGUAUGAAAUUGACUAUAAAGGAAAUCUGGUUUAGUUUUGCUGCCCCGACCAACAUUCGCUCCCAUGCUCCAGCAAUGUCAAGACAGCUGAAUCUGCUAAGCACUGCAACCCCUGCCAUUGGUGCAUGGCUAGUUCCCAUUGACCAGCUGAAAUCCACGCUGGAAAAACUCGACAUGGAGUCCACACUGCGUGUUUGUGCAGUAAUGGGCUGCAUAAUGACAGAGGCCCUGGAGAAAAAGAGUAUUCACUUUCCAUUUCGGAGCAAGUACAACCGCGUUACAAAGCGAGCCCGAUAUCUUCACGAGAACCCGUCCUGCCUAUUGUGUAAUAUUCUGCAUCGCUACCUCCAGCAGGCGGAUUACAGCGUCAUUGAAGAGGCCACCAUGAAUGAUGGACUUCCUGCUCUGGUCACCCUAAGAAAAGGAUUGGUGGCACUUGCUCGUCAGUGGAUGAAAUUCAUCGUGGUCACUCAGGGCUUUAAGGCAGUCGGCCUGCCACAACCCAAUUACAUUCCUAAACUUAAAGAGCCUGAGCCUAUUGAGCCAGAACCAACACAGGGGCCCGACUGUGGUGCUGCCCUGCAGAGCGACACCAGUGCUGAUGGAGCAGAGUUUGAGUUUGAUGCCGGUACUGUUAGUGAACACACCAUGCUGUUAGAAGGAGUGUGUAGCCGUCCUGCUCCUUCCGGAAACUCUGCCCCUGUAACCGGUGUUGAGAUCAUGAGAAAACUGUCCAAAUCACACACGCAUAACGAGUCUGCUCUCAGGAUUAAGGGUUCCCACCCUUAUCAGUCUCUAAGCUACACAAGUGGAGAUACAGCAGCCGAUUCGCCCGCUCACGUUGUGCAGUCCAAUCACAGUCCACGAAAAGAAUCGUUGCUCAGCUACUUAACAGGGAGCAUCCAUAGUCUGCACAAUUUGAUAGAUGCCACGCCUCAUCGAGUGAGCGAACAAACCGCGGCGAAGAGCACCUCCCUCACGCGCACAGGCAACAGUAUGGGUACAGACAUGCUGACAGAGCACCCUCUUCUCUCUGAGCCGUUUACCGUCAGCUUCUACAACUGGAUGUCCAAUGCUGUUGGCAACCGCACGGGUAACAACAUUCAAGACUCUCCUCUUAACCGCUCCCAACACAACAGCCUGCAGACUGGAGGAGUGCUUCCCACAAUUCCUUCUGCUUCCGAUUUUAACACCGUACUGUCAAGCGAUCAGAACACGUUGGACACACACUCCCAACACACACACUCACAGCACAGCACAAGUCAAGAAGACCUGCUUGAGCAGGAUGAGACGAACCUCUGCCCCGCAGCCGUGCAGCUGGCUGACGCACAGGUAGUAUUCAAGCCAUUGCUGAGUCACAUCGGUUUUCAGCCCCAAGACGCUCCUCCCCUCAGUUACAAGAUGUAUUUUGGAGAGCACCUGUCUUUUAGCGGCACUCUUGACUGUUUGAGAGCCGACAUUGUGGACUCUGACACCAGCAAAGAGAGAAGGAAUAAGCGCGCACACAGGCAGGGCAUGGUGAAUAUCCCUCCACUUGAUUUCAAACCCGCCCUGAUGAUUGAAACGUUCAGCCUGAACGCAGUCGUCUUGGAAAAGUGUAUGUCUACUCCUCCCUCCGCCAGCGCAUUGUCUUUUCACGAGCUGAGUCGUCGACCCCAGGCCAGCGUGCACUGCCAUUUUACCGUCGCCUGCCAGGCGAUCCGUCAGCACGUGGAUAUGGCUCUGGUCCGCCUCAUUCAUCAGUUCAGCACCAUGAUCGACGACAUCAAAGCCACACAGACCGACAUCAAACUAAACCGCUACACGGCCGGCUCCUCGUCCCCCACUCCCACCAAGGCGAGGCCUUACCGCGAAUUCCGCUCAUCCGAUUUAAGCCGCAGUUCUCGCGGUAGUCUGAACGGGGCUUCUCGGCUGGGCACGCUGAAGAGUAAGCGAACCAUGGUCGGCCCUGGACUCGACACGCUGACUAGGAAUCGAGAGCCUCGUGGGAGGGGCACACUGGGACGUUCUGAGCGAAGGACGUCGAAAGUGUUGCGGAAGGGUUCGCGUGAUGUGGUUGACCACAUGACGAUUCAGAUGGACGACUCGGACUCCAUCACGGUGUCGGAACAGAGCGAGCCGUCGGCUGAGUGCUGGCAGAAUAUGUACAAGCUUCUUAAUUUCUACUCGCUCAUAUCAGACCCCACAGGCAUCCUGGAGAAGAACCAAGAUAAUGGCCUUUCAGAAGGUGGGCGGAGCCCUGCAGAUCCUCCGUGUCGAUUGGUGUACGAAUCGGAGAGCGAGACGCCAUCCAGUCGCCUGGGUCGUAGGCGGAGCUUGGUAAGCUCGGAGCCCCAGCACGUGACGCUGAUCGUGUUUGGUGUUGGCAUGGUGAACCGCACACACCUUGAAGCAGACAUUGGAGGACUGACCAUGGAGGCAGAGCUUAAGAAAAUACAUGGCAGUUUUACUCUAAAGGAGAAAAUGAAGGACAUUCUUCAUCAGAAGAUGACAGAGACCUGUGCAUCGGCUCACAUCGGCUGUGUGAACAUUGUGCUGCUGGAAGGAAUUUCACCUGACAUACAACUAGAGGAUUUUCCAACCUCACCUACCAGCACAACCAAGCAGGAGUUCCUGACGGUGGUGAAGUGUAACAUCGCAAAGUCCCAGGCUUUAUAUAACGCUCAGCGUGGGCUGAAGACCAACAACGCUGCUGUAUUUAAAGUGGGCGCCAUCUUCAUUAACAUCCCACAACACCCUGCAACGCUGCAUAGCAUGAUGGUCCGUAGCUCCCACCAGCUCUCAAAACAGAUAUCAGACCUUAUUCGGCAGCCUUCCAACAAUCCACCUCCCAACCGAGAAGAAACGCCCACUCCGCAGCCCGUGGAAAUGAAUGUCAAUCAAACUCCGGUGGAGGCCAAUGAGUUUCCUCAGCUGCCCGAGGGGCUGGAGAAGAAGCCAAUCGUGUUGAAGUUCAGUGCGAUGCUGGAUGGGAUCACAAUUGGUGCAGCACUGCUACCCUCUCUCAAAGCAGAAUAUAAGAUGGGCCGAAUGAAGAGCCACGGGAUGACGGGUACCCAAAAUUCCCACAUACCGUGCUGUGCUCAGACGCGUUUCACUUUUGAGCUGCCCAAUCAUAAGCUGUGUUUCCAGUCUAAAGUUUCCCCCGUGGAUGUGUCGGCCAUGCCCCCUACAGCCAGCCUCAACCUUCCUCCUGUCACCAUGUCAGGACAGUACAUCAUACAGGAGCUCGAGGGCCACAGCGACACCGCCUGGGCCCCCGGAUAUAACAGCUACCUGCAGGGAAACUACCUGCGCUGUGUGGCUGAGAUUGGGUCUUUCGAACACAACUUGACUACAGAUUUGCUCAACCACUUGGUCUUCCUACAGAAGGUCUUCAUGAAGGAGGUCAAUGAGGUCAUACAGAAAGUGUCAGGAGGGGAACAGCCGAUCCCACUCUGGAAUGAACAUGAUGUGUCAACAGAUGGUGACAAACCUAAAAUCCUUCUUUAUUCUAUUAACCUAACAUUUAAGGGGAUCCAAAUGACAGCCACUACACCCUCCAUGAGGGCAGUUCGCUUCGAGACGGGUUGCAUUGAGCUCGAAUUGUCCAAUCGGGUUCAGUGCAAGACCACGCCCACAGGAAGUAACUACCUGAAGCUGUUUGGGAAAUGUCAGGUGGAUCUCAACUUGGCUUUGGGCCAAAUCGUCAAACAUCAGGUUUAUGAGGAGGCGGGGUCCGAUUUUCACCAGGUGGCGUAUUUCCGCACUCGCAUUGGCUUGCGAAAUGCAUUACAGGAAGAGAUCAGCGGCUGCUCUGACAAAGAGGCGGUCCUAAUUACUCUUAAUCGUCCAAUUGUUUUUGCCCAGCCGGUGGCGUUUGACAGAGCUGUGCUGUUCUGGUUGAACUAUAAAGCUGCCUAUGAUAAUUGGAAGGAACAGCGCUUGGCUCUGAACUCGGACAUUCAUAUGGCCACCAAAGAGGUUGUGGAUAAACUGCCAGCCAUACAGCAGACCAGUGUCCAGGCCUUCAGUACCCUCUUCCUGCAGCUCACUGUUAAUGACCUGGGCAUCUGCCUGCCUAUUACCAGCACUUCACAGAAUAAAGAAACUCUUACAGGUUUAAAACAACGUGAGGGGACCAAUCACAGUAUAGAUUUUGACACUGGUUCAGCGCUGGUGUUGACCAUUGAGAGCACACUAAUCACAGCCUGCUCCUCUGAGUCUCUGGUCAGCAAGGGCCAUUUCAAAAACUUUUGCAUUCGAUUUGCUGAGGGCUUUGAGACCACUUGGGAUGACUGGAAACCAGAGAUCAGGGGUGACCUGGUCAUGAACGCCUGUGUUGUACCUGAUGGCACCUAUGAGGUUUGCUCCAGAACAACAGGCCAGGCUUCUGCAGAUAGCAGUAGUGCAGGGACAUGGACCCUCAACGUCCUGUGGAAGAUGUGUGGUAUUGAUGUGCACAUGGAUCCUAACAUCGGCAAGCGUCUGAAUGUUCUGGGCAACACGCUCACCUCUCUAACGGGUGAGGAGGAUACUGAUGACAUCACAGAUCUUAACUCGGUCAACAUGGUUGAUCUUUCAGACGGCGAUGAGAGCGACAGCAUGUCUCCCCCCAUACACAUGUGUGCAGAAGGUGAACUCAGUCCCAGACUGUCAUUCAGGAAGCGGCUGAUGCACAGCAUUCUGGGAUUUAGCCCCAGCCCCCCUCCCCCCUCACCUUCCGAGUGUCGUAAUAUUUCUCCAUCAUCCACAAUCACUCGGCUAAAGUCGAGAAGUGUUCGGCUGCCAUCCACUGCCAAUGCAGAACGAACUAGACAUCCCAGGCCAUUGUCCUGGGGCUGUGAGUCUGUAGACCUGCGCAGACAGGCAGUUAUGAGCAACCAGAUAAUCGACGCUCGUGGGCGAAAAUUUUCCAAGCGCCUUGUUGACAUCAGAGAGUUAAACGAGCAAGCCAAAGUCAUAGACGAUCUCAAAAAACUGGGUGCAAGUGAAGGCACUAUAAACCAGGAAAUCCAGCGUUACCAGCAGUUGGAAUCGGUUGCCGUCAAUGACGUUCGAAGGGACGUUCGCAAGAAACUACGGCGGUCGAGCAUGCGGGCUGCGUCGCUCAAGGAUAAGUGGGGUUUAGGGUACAAACCCAGUUGCAGUAACAGCAGGUCUAAAAGCAUCUCAACAGGAGGCAGGCCAGCAAUAAAGAGAACCGACAGACCGAGGGAUGAACUGCCAGACAUCAAAAUAGAUGUCGCAUCUCCAGCACAACGGGUCACCUUCAACAUCGACACGAUGGGUAGUUUGGCUCUGGACACCCCAAUUCCAAGUCCAGCUGACUCUGUAUUUAAGUUCCCGGAGGAGACAGAGAUGGAGCUGUUGUAUGUCACCACUGAUGAUCCUGCUCAUUACCCAUCACACUCAGUGUUCAGUGCUCCUGGCACACCCGCAGUCUUCUCACCAACCGUUCCCUUCCAGCCUGACGACAGUCGCCGUGACGACCUGUCCUCAACUUCAUCAGAAGAUUCAGAUAAAGAUGAUGAGUUUGACAGAGACAGACCGCACAGCUUCUACCGCAGACCAGGGGGCUCUCAGAGGAAAGCAUCGGGACUGACCGCGUUAUUCAGUGAGCGUUGGCCGGCCACACCCCCUCAGCGUGGAGGUUUAGCCCCGCCCAGCGAACGAAACAUUGACUUUGAGCUUGACGUCCGCGUUGAGAUCGAUAGCGGCAAGUGUGUGCUGCAUCCAAGCACACAGGCACCUGAACAUGAAGAUCUUGCAAUGAGGAGGAGUUGUGAGCAGAGCUCCAGGAGUCUGGAUCAGGAUUCCCCUCCUAAGAAAAGGAAGUUACAGCCGGGUUUUGCCUCCAGCUCUCAUCUGCUAAAUUCUAAGAGAGUUCCCACCUCACUGCAGAGCAAGAGCAGUGACAUUGAGACCACUAUCUUCUACAUUCCUGGAGUGGAUGUUAAGCUUCACUACAACUCAAAAAUGCUGAAAACAGAUUCGCCCAAUGCGUCACGUGGCUCCUCUUUGCCCAGAACCCUGUCCAAAGAAUCCAAACUGUAUGGUAUGAGAGACGCACCAGCACCGCCGGCCUCAGGCCCUGGCAAGCCUAACACACUCCUGUCCCCCCCUCCCCCUCCUCUCCCAUCAGCUAAAGGUAAGGCGGGUGUAGGGGUGAAGACGGCCAAACUGUAUGCAUGGGUAGCCCUGCAAACACUGCCAGAGGAAAUGGUCAUCAGUCCAUGUCUCCUGGACUUCCUGGAGAAAGCUCUCGAGACCAUUCCCAUCACACCUGUAGACCGAAACUACAACUCCAUGAAUGUUCCUGAGGAGGAUGUAGGGCAGUUUGUGGAACCUCUGGAGGAGUCCCAGGUCUCUCUUGUAUCUUCUGCUACUUCUCCAUACUCCUCUUUCCCCGUGGAUGUGGUUGUGUAUGUUAGGGUGCAGCCAUCACAGAUACGAUUCAGCUGUCUGCCCAUGUCUCGAGUCGAGUGCAUGCUGAAACUUCCCUCGCUCGACCUGGUCUUCUCAUCCAACAGGGGUGAGCUUGAGCCCACAAACUCCACCCAUCCGGCUGAUGGCCAGCAAACGCCCUCCUCCACACCUCCAUCAGUACACAAUGCCAACAGGGUGCCUGGAAGCAAAGGCCCUUCCACAGGAUUGGGCAGUCCCUUGGGGGGGCGGAGUCGCCACCAUAGCAGCCAAUCAGAUCUAACAUGCCCGCCUACCAGCUCAUCAGGUCUAAGUUUCACUGCCUGUAUGUCCGAUUUCUCACUUUAUGUGUUUCACCCGUAUGGAGCUGGCAAACAGAAGUCUGCAGUCACCGGUCUCCCACCUGGACAAGGAUCACUGGGAGCAGCAGAGGAUGAUGGGUCCUCGGUUACGGGCAGGAAAGACUCUCUCUCCAUUAAUUUGGAGUUUGUGAAGGUCAGUCUUUCCAGGUUGAGACGGACCGGCUGUCCUGCAUUUAUUGAUACGUGUAUUGCCAGUAAGGGUGGGAAGAUGGAUACAACUCUAAUCAAUAUUUCAGCGGUGUGUGAUAUCGGUUCUGCAUCCUUUAAGUAUGAUAUGAGACGUCUGAGCGAGAUUCUUGCAUUCCCGCGGGCUUGGUAUCGUCGAAGCAUCGCCAGAAGAUUGUUUUUAGGGGACCAGACCAUUAAUUUACCAGCCUCAGGUCCUGCCACACCAGACUCAGCAGAGAGCAUCGCCCAGCACCUGUCUCCUGAGUCAAGCCGUAAAGCGUAUUGGAGAACAUGGGACGGCCAGUCCACUCAACACCCCUCAUCGGUUUUUAACGAUGCCACACCAAGCCACACCCACCUUAAAUCUCCAGCCACCGGUCGUUCCCGCAGCGUGUCCGACUCCUCAGCACCACGCAGAGUAGACUCAGUCACCAAGACCUCCACCCCGUCAUUCCGGAAUGGAAAAGCAGCGGCACAGCAGGGAUCACCGUGGGAAACGCUGGUGGUGUUUGCCAUCAACCUUAAACAGCUUAAUGUCCAGAUGAACAUGAGCAACGUGAUGGGCAACAACACCUGGACAACAAGUGGGUUGAAGAGUCAGGGCCGUCUGUCAGUAGGUAGUAACAGAGAUCGCGAGAUUAGCAUGUCUGUUGGUCUCGGACGGUCAAAACUGGAUUCUAAAGGAGGUGUGGUGGGUGGCAACAUUGAUGUCAACACUCUGGAGAUGGUCUCCCAUAUUUCAGAACAUCCAAAUCAGCAGCCCAGUCAUAAGAUCCAGAUCACCAUGGGCUCCACAGAGGCUCGACUGGACUACAUGGGCUCCAGCAUAUUGAUGGGCAUCUUCAGUAAUGCUGAUCUACAGGUCCAAGAUGAGUGGAAGGUGAAUCUCUGCACCACUGAGGACAGUCUCUCUGAGAAAAGUGAGAUCUUUGUUCACGGAGACCUGCAGUGGGACAUAUUCCAGGUGAUAAUCUCCCGAUCCACCACCCCGGAUCUGAUAAAGAUCGGCAUGAAGCUGCAGGAGUUUUUCACCCAGCAGUUUGACACCAGCAAGCGGGCCCUGUCCACCUGGGGUCCGGUACCCUACGUGCCUCCCAAAACUCCUGUCAUCAACACGGAUAAAGCAGCUGAGCUUUAUAUGGAUGCAGCUCAUCACAGGCAUUGGCCCAGUGUGUUGAAGAUGGUGGCAGGAUGUCACAUCUCCCUGUUCCAGAUGCCACUCCCAGAGGAUGCGGUGCAGCUGGGUGGCUCCAUGAGUCUCCAUGGCAACCACAUGACCCUGGCUUGUUUCCAUGGGCCCAACUUCCGUUCCAAGUCCUGGGUGCUGUUUCACCUGGAAGAGCCCAACAUCGCCUUCUGGACUGAAGCACAGAAGAUCUGGGAGGAUGGUUCCAGUGAUGACUCUACAUACAUUGUUCAGACGCUUGACUUUCACCUGGGUCAUAAUACCAUGGUAACCAAGCCUUGCGGCGCUUUGGAGAGUCCAAUGGCAACCAUCACAAAGGUUACCCGCCGUCGACAUGAAAACCCCCCGCAUGGGGUGGCCACAGUCAAAGAAUGGUUCAACUACGUCACUGCCAUGAGAAACGAAGAGCUGAAUCUACUGAGGAACGUGGAUGCAAAUAAUUCUGAAACCGGAGCGGCGGCGAAGAGCGCCAGUCUUCUGAGUGGAUUCAGAGGAUCCUCCAGCUACAACCACGAAACCGAGACCAUCUUUGCCCUUCCCAAAAUGCAGCUCCAAUUCAAAUCCAUCCAUGUUCAAGAUCCAGAGGAACCUUCUCUCAGUGAUGCCGGCAGUAAACCCAAAGUGGAGUGCAGCGUUGUGACCGAGUUCACGGAUCACAUCUGUGUUACCAUGGAUGCAGAGCUCAUCAUGUUCCUGCAUGACCUGGUGUCAGCAUACCUGAAAGAAAAGGAGAAAGCUCUGUUCGCCCCACGCCUCUUUACAUCUCGACCGGGUCAGAAGAGCCCAACAGCGCAGCAGGACGAGACCUCAUCAGAGAAGAAAGAGAAGGAAGAGAUUGUGAACUACACCACAGUAGACUGGAGAGAGUUCCUCUGUAACACCUGGCAUCUAGAACCCACACUACGGCUAAUCUCGUGGACGGGCCGUAAGAUUGAUCCAGUGGGAGUGGAUUACAUCCUACAGAAGCUAGGAUUUCAUCAUGCAAGGACCACCAUUCCCAAGUGGCUUCAAAGAGGAGUGAUGGAUCCUCUGGAUAAGGUUCUCUCUGUUCUCAUCAAAAAACUUGGCAAAGCACUGCAGGAUGAGAAAGAAAAGAGAGCUCAAAGAGACAAAGAUGAGCAUUAACUCACACUUGAGUGUAUUAAUACAUUUCCGCUGCCUGGAGCCAUCUUUUUUUAUACCUUGUCUGAAAGCACUGGAUUUAUUGCUACUACUGUACAGCACAUCCCUGCUAUACCGUGUGAACAUUGUUUGCCCUGGUUCAUAUGGCCAUAGCUCUUGAAUUGACUGAAAGUGUUUAUUUUUUAUUUUUAUUCAGGCACAUUUUCAGACCAAGUAGAUGUUGGAUCAUUGCUGCUUUAUGUCGUUUCGGGCUUUUUAACAAAUCUUUAAUGCACUUACACAUUAUCGACACUAACAAAAUACCAGUGAUCUUAAGCUACAGUAUGCAGGUUUGUUCUUGGCAUCGGUUUACAUGAUUUGUGUUUGAAUAUACUGCUGAAUUUUGCCAAUCAGAUUUUUGUUGAAAUACUUUUAUUUAACAUUUUAAGAGCAGUUGAGUCAGGUAACCGCUGUAUGAGUGAUCAAGUGUUGCAGUCAAGUGUGAAUAUCUUUAAACUUUUCUUUUGAGUGUGACCAAAUUUUCUGAACAAUUUUGGGGAGUGAUAAGGUUGGUAUGCCUCAGAUAUUCUGUACCUGCAAGUAAACUCUGAACCCCAGAUUGUCCCGUGUAAUAUGAACUGGCCUAUACAAAAAGGCUCUUUGACUUUAAUAGAUUUGAGAUCUGUAAAUAUGUUCAUUGCGUAAGCUGUUACCCAUGUUAGGUCUGUGGUGAUCGUGUUUUCUUUAAUUUGCUUUUUCAUAAUAAGUGCAAUAGACCUUUGUAUAUACAGAGGUAAAUACAGUAUGUUCAAUGCUAUGAUCAAUUUCUUAACUGAAUAAAAUCAUUACUACUAAAA